AUGUCCAACCAAGCAGCAUGGAUCACGGAGCCAAAGGGCAAGCCGCUUCAGGUUAAAGAAGCACCUAUGCCGAAGGCAGGCAAGGGCGAGGUUGUGAUCAAGAAUCAUGCUGCCGCUGUCAAUCCAGUAGACUGGAAGGUACAGGAUUAUGCCAUUCUCCUGCAGAAGUAUCCCAACGUAUGUGGUACGGAUGUAGCUGGCGAAGUAUAUGAGGUUGGCGAGGGUGUCACAGAGUUCAAGAAGGGUGAUCGUGUCAUGGCACAUGCGUUCUCCUACCUUACCAACGAACCAACCAACGGCGGUUUCGCGCUGUACACUGCUUGCAACACGACUGUCGUGUCGAAGAUCCCUUCGACGCUGGACUACAACUCCGCAGCCGUGCUCCCACUGGCGAUCUCUACAGCAUCAGCCUGCCUCUUCAAGAAUGAGACCUUGGCACUGCCACUUCCCACCUCAAACCCGUUAUCGACAGGGAAAUCAGUCCUGGUCUGGGGUGGCUCGAGUAGCGUUGGGGCGGCUGCGAUUCAGCUUGCUGCUGCCGCUGGUAUCAAGGUCGUCUCUGUCGCCAGCAAACACAAUGUAGAGAAAGUCAAGAGCCUAGGGGCUGCAGCAGUUUUCGACUACAACUCAAGCAGUGUAACAGAGGAUAUUCUCUCUGCGCUGGAAGGAACCGAGUAUGCUGGUGUCUGCGACGCCAUUGGAACCCAAGGGGCGGUCGAAGCCUGGGCUCCAAUCUACAAGAAGCUGGGCGGCCGCUAUGGCACCGUCUUGCCAGAUGCGCAGGGUCUGCUCGAGGGCAUUCAAGGCGACGCAGUGGCCGCUAUUAGCAUUGCGUACGCUGACAAGUUCAUUGGCGAUGGUGUCUGGGGCAAAUGGGUACCUGGAGCUCUCGAGGCCGGCAAUUUGAAGGCUCUGCCACCACCAAUUGUGAUCAAGGGCGGAUUGGAUGCUGUGCAGAAGGGCUAUGAUGCCCAGAAGAAGGGUGUCAGUUUUGGCAAGAUUGUGAUUGAGCUGUAG